AAGCAGCAGGUUCCCGCUCGGUCCCAGGCCGGAGCAGAUGGCCCCCGGGCAGACGCUCCUCUACCUGUCCCUCUUCCCCUGGCUCGCCGCCGCCUUCAACCUGGACACGGACAAUGUGAUCCUGCGGAAAGGGGAGCGGGGGAGUCUGUUCGGCUUCUCCCUGGCCAUGCACUGGCAGCUGCAGCCGGAGGACAAGAGACUAUUGCUGGUUGGAGCACCUCGGGAGAGAGCCUUUCCAUCCCAGCAAGCCAACAGAACUGGAGGGUUGUAUAGCUGUGACAUUACAUCCCCAGAGACGCAUUGCACACGUGUCCUCUUUGAUGAUAACGCUGAUCCAGCAACAGAGAGUAAAGAAGACCAGUGGAUGGGUGUAACUGUCCAAAGUCAGGGGCCAGGAGGAAAAGUGGUGACAUGUGCACAUCGCUAUGAGAAAAGGCAAUAUGUAAACACAGUUCAGGAAUCUCGUGAUAUCAUUGGAAGGUGCUACCUGCUGAGUCAGGAUCUCACUAUUAAGGAUCCUAAGGAUGAUGAGUCUGCUAUGGAUGGUGGAGAAUGGAGUUUUUGUGAUGGCCGACUGAGGGGCCAUGAGAAAUUUGGUUCAUGUCAGCAAGGUGUAGCUGCUACUUUUACUAGAGACUAUCAUUAUGUUGUAUUUGGUGCACCAGGAACUUAUAACUGGAAAGGGGUGGUUCGUGCAGAGCAAAAGAAUCAAACGUUUUAUGCUUUGGAUAUCUUUGAUGAUGGGCCUUAUGAAGUUGGUAGUGAGAGUCGCCGAGCUGAGAAUCUAGUUCCUGUUCCAGCUAACAGUUAUUUAGGUUUCUCUUUGGAUACUGGUAAAGGUAUCGUUUCCCAAGAAGAGACAACUUUUGUAUCAGGUGCACCAAGAGCCAACCACAGUGGAGCUGUAGUUCUGCUGAAAAAAGAUACCCAAAUUCCGAGAGCACUCUCGCUUGUGCAUAUAUUUGAAGGAGAAGGGCUGGCCUCUUCUUUUGGCUAUGAUGUUGCAGUUGUGGACCUCAACAAUGAUGGUUGGCAAGAUAUUGUUGUUGGAGCCCCACAGUAUUUUGACCGAGAUGGAGAAAUUGGGGGUGCUGUGUACAUCUACAUUAACCAACAAGGCAAAUGGGAAGGGGUAAAGCCAAUUCGCCUCAAUGGAAUCCCUGAUUCUAUGUUUGGUAUCGCAGUUGAAAAUAUUGGUGAUAUUAAUCAAGAUGGAUUCUCAGAUAUUGCAGUGGGGGCACCUUAUGAUGAUUUUGGCAAGGUGUUCAUAUAUCAUGGAUCGAAGAAUGGAAUAAAUACAAAGCCAGCACAGAUUCUUGAUGGCAAAAAAUCCAGUGUUCAAUAUUUUGGUUAUUCUAUUACUGGAAAUAUGGAUCUUGAUAGAAACUCCUACCCCGAUAUUGCUGUUGGGUCACUUUCAGAUUCUGUCUCUGUUUACAGAUCCCGGCCUGUUAUAAGCAUUAAGAAAACCAUCAGGAUAUCUCCUGACAAAAUUGACCUGAACAGACAGACCUGUUCGGAACCCAGUGGAAUCUGCAUGGAUGUUGAAGCAUGUUUUGAAUAUAUUGCUAACCCCAAGGACUUCAAUCCAAAAAUAAAACUUAACUAUACUUUUGAAGCAGAAAAUGACAGGAGGCGGUUAGGCCUGCCAUCUCGAGUUCAGUUUUCUAAGCAUCUGUCUGAUCAGUUGAUUGGAAGUAUAACUCUAGGAGGACAGAAUAGAAAAGAAUGUGUGACAACCUCUCUUGUGAUGCAGGAAAAUAUCAAAGAUAAACUACGUCCCAUUCCUGUAUCGGUUGGCGUUAAAAUCAGCGGCUCAGAAUCCAGUUUACCAUCAAAGAGAAGACAAGGAAGAUCACUUCCAGAUCUUGUUCCAAUUCUAAAUUCAAACGAACCAGAAACAGUGAACUCAGAAGUGCAGUUCUUAAAAGAAGGCUGUGGAGAGGAUAACAUAUGUAAUAGCAACCUAAAACUUCAAUACAGAUUCUGUACCAGAGAAGGAAAUGAAGGCAGAUUUGUUUAUUUACCAAUUGAGAACAAUGUUCCAGUGCUUGUCCUCAAAGAUCAGAAGGAUAUUGCGCUAGAAAUAACUGUGACAAAUAAUCCAUCAGAUGCAAAAAAUCUCCAAAAAGAUGGUGAAGAUGCCCAUGAAGCUAAACUAGUUGCAACUUUUCCAGAUAGCUUGACCUACUCUUCUUUCAGAGAGCUGAAGGCUUAUCCUGAAAAACAAUUAACUUGUGGUGCCAAUCAAAACGGUUCUCAAGCAGAGUGUGAACUUGGAAAUCCCUUCAAGAGAAAUUCCAAUGUAACCUUUUAUCUGAUUUUAAGUACAACUAAAGUUAACAUUGACACAACUGAUUUGGAUGUUCAUCUGAAAUUGGAAACAACAAGCAAUCAAGUUAAUUUGGCUCCAAUUACUGCUACUGCUAAAGUGGUUAUUGAAUUGCUUUUGUCACUCACUGGAGUUGCUAAGCCUUCCCAGGUGUACUUUGGAGGUAACGUAAUCGGUGAGAGUGCUAUGGAAUCUGAAGAUGAUGUUGGAAACGUAAUAGAAUAUGAAUUCAGAAUAACUAACUUGGGUAGACCACUUAAAACAUUUGGCACAGCUUCCUUGGACAUCCAGUGGCCAAAAGAAAUCAGCAAUGGCAAAUGGCUGCUUUAUUUGAUGAAAGUAGAUUCCAAAGAAUUGGAGAAAAUCCCUUGUGAACCUCGAAAUGAAAUAAACUCUUUGCGACUUAAGGAGUCCCAUAGGUCAAGAAGGAAACGUGAAGUUGCAGAGAAGCAGACUAAUAAUGGCAAAAAAAUGUCUUUAUUUUCAGAAAGAAAAUAUAAGACCCUGGACUGUAAUGUGAAUGCACGCUGUGUGAAUAUAAAAUGUCCCUUGCAAGGCUUGGACAGAAUGGCAUUGGUUGUACUGCGUUCAAGGUUGUGGAAUAGUACCUUCCUAGAGGAAUAUUCUGCGCUGAACUAUCUAGAUAUCCUCGUUAGGGCUAAAAUCAGUGUUCCUGCUGCAGCUGAAAACAUUAAGCUCACAAAUGAAGUUGCUCAAGUGCGACUUACUGUUUUUCCUGCAAAGACAGUAGCACUUCAUACAGGAGUGCCUUGGUGGAUCAUCUUGGUGGCUAUCCUUGCUGGAAUACUGAUGCUCGCACUGUUGGUGUUUUUACUAUGGAAGUGUGGAUUCUUCCAGCGCUCCAGGUACGAUGACAGUGUCCCCCGAUACCAUGCUGUAAGAAUUCGGAAAGAGGAGCGACAGAUCAAAGAUGGGAAACAUAAAGAGAAUCUUGAGAAAAAACAAUGGAUUACAAAAUGGAAUGAAAAUGAAAGUUACUCAUAGGGAAAAAUUUCCCCCUCAACUCCAAAUUCAGAUUUUAAUAUUUCUUCAUUAAUGGAAUACUGAUGGACUCAGACCUACAUACAAUAUGGACCUAUAUUUUUGAAUGUAGAUAUUUUUACUUAUAUUGAAGCUUUUGUUUUGCACAGCUAAAUUUAAGAUUGCUUGACUGAUUUUAUCUGCAUUAUUUAAACUUCCAGAUAGAGACAAGAAGCAAAAUUGGUGCAUUGAACUGAGCAUUCUAUGAAAUAUGCACAUUAGUUUAUAAUGUCACAAAAGGUCCUUUUCUGCAUUCCUGAAGUCAAUGGAUUUGCAAGGAAUGCAGGAUCUGGUCCCAAAUAUAUUCUCCAAUCACAAUAUGCAAUCUAUUAACACACUGUAGCCUUGACACACUUUAUUCAAAUAGAAUUUGGGGAAUCUGUGAAUGUGCUAUUCUUGUCAUAAGACUCUGCAGCUAUGAGGGCUUAACCUAAAGUGUCUUAAAUUAAAUGUGCAAUAGGUCAUGUUGUUAUGUUUCUCACACCAAAUAUACACAGGUUUUUUUAAAAAAAGCUUGAGGAUUAGUUGUAUGUUUUUGUAUAUAUUUUAUUUCUUGUAUUUAUUUUUUAUCAGCAACCAUUUGUCUUUGACUAAUUAGGCCAAAGACUUUAAGUGAACUUUAAAAUUGGUAUGGAUGUUCUUAAAUAGGAUAUGAAAGUCCAGUUAGACGUGAAGCUUUCACUGCAUUUAAAGAGUGCCAGUGCUUUUUUUAAAAUGUAAAAUUUCAAUCACUGGCACAUCCUUGAAAUAGAAACAUUCAUGCCAGUAGUUUGUGGGGGCAUUUUUUCUUAUUUCUGUUUAUGCAGCAGGAUUUAGUAAAGAUGUGGACAAAUUGGUGAGAGUCCAGAGGAGAGCAACAAAAAUGAUAAAAUGUUUAGAAAACCUGACUUAUGAGCAACAGGUGUAUAUAAACAAAAACUGGGCAUGUAUUUAGUUUUGAGAAAAGACGAUUGAGGGGGGAAGGGAGAACCUAAUAAUAAGUCUUCAGAUGUUAAAAGCUGUUGUAAAGAGAACGAUGAUUAAUUGUUCUUUGUCCUCUGAAGGCAGGACAAGGAACAAUGGGCUUAAUCACAGCAAGGAAGAGUGAGGUUAGAUAUUAGGAAAGAAAAACAAAACAAAACACACUUUCUAAUUAUAAGGAUAGUUAAGCUCUGGAAUAAGCUUCCAAGUGAGGCUAUGGAAUCCCCUCAGUGGGGGAUUUUAAGAACACCUGUAAGGCCUGGUCUAGGUUUUACUUGGUCUGGGAUUGACUUUGAGGCCCCUUGCAGCCCUUCAUUUCUAUGACUAAUUAUGUUCCUGUAACAUAAUGUGUGUGUUGCUUGAGACUAUUUCAAUUUUAUUUUGUACAUCCAAAAUGUAUAGGUUUUUCUAUCUAAUUUUUAUACUUAAUACAAAAAGUGAAAGGUGCUUCUGGAAACAAUUUUCCAGCUCUGUAUGGAUUUCAUGUUUAGAAAAAGGUGUGUCUACUACUGAAAAUGUUAUAUAGCACUUGAAAGAAAACAAGCUCCUAUCUGUCCUUAAGAAUAGAUCUGCGCUGAUCCCUUUUGAGACUACUGAGUGAUGUCCUAAAUAUAGCUAAAUGUUAAUUGUAAGAAUAGUGCCACAAUGUUGUGCAGCUCAGUAACCUAAUUGUUGUAACAUAAGAGCUAUUUAAAGAGUUUAUUGGGUCUUUUAAUCUACAUUCUAAAAUGUUGGUACUAUUUAAAUAAGAAUUAAGAUUUCUUAUUCCAUAUACAAAAUGCAUAAUUGUUUUGCAUAG